UAAUAUUUAUUUAACAAAAAACCAGCAUGACUAAUGUGAACGAUACUCAAACCGAUGCCCAAUGUAAUGAUAUUUUAAAAACUAGAAGAAGUGACAUUUGCGCAGAUAAGAAAAUCUGUAAAAAUGUGAAAGGUAAACAGAGCGCAAGAUCUGAGACGAAGAAGGUACAAGAAGACAAGUGUAAUGCAUAUAAAAGUAAUAUCGCAAGAAAUCAAUUGAACGGUGAGAAUAUCAGAGAAGAGAACAAGGAUGCCAUCGAUGAGGAAUCGGACUAUGAUACAGAGUCCUUCUGUUCGGACGACUCGUUCAAAGAAUCAGAAGUGACAAAUGUUACACCUCGGUCAUCCCUGAGCAACUGUUCCUCACUCCUUCCAACAUUUGGAUCCGGACGAACAACCAGAGAUGCUUCAAUUGGUUUAAGGUGCAUGGCACACGAUCGACACUCUCACAGCUUCGAUGACGACGACGAUGACAUUUGUCUGUUGGAGAAUGACAUGAAAUAUUUAAGGACCUGCGAUAGUAGGCUGGACCAAAGACGAAUGCAAAAUGGUCGCAAGAAUAUGAGUUUUACUAACGCCCAGAUGAGGGAAAUUGAAAGGGAGAAUCAAAUCUUGCUGAGAAAGAUUAUGUCCUACCAGAAGCCAAUUAAUAAACCCGUCAAAAUAAAAGCUGCGCAACCACGGGCAAGCAGUUCGGAAAUUAAUAGGAGAAGACUGCAAAAAAAAAUUGAAGAAGGCAACAUGAUGCUGUUAAGAAAAAUUCAGGGAGCAAAGUCCUGGGCACUACCUAAAAAUACAUCGGGCUGUCGACCCACAAUGUUGUAACUACGCGUCAGUAUUAUCUGUACCAAAUCUACAGAACUAAAAUUCUUAAACAAUCCCUAACAACCCUAGAA